CCACCGCCACGCAGCAGCAGUUUCUGGAAGCCGCCCGCGUGCCCUUAAAGACGCCGCGCGCGCAGGUCGCCUCCCCGCCCGCACCCCGCUGGCGCUCGCCCGUUUUAAUCACCGUCCAGCCCGGCCGCAGCUAGGCCGGCCGCGCCCAAUCACCCGUUCCGCCACCGCGCGCGCCCUGCUGGUGGUGGUGCUCACCCUCACCUCACCUGCUGCUCUUCCCCUUUCUUAUUCCCCCUGCCCCCCUCUCCGGGCUCGGGAUAGGGAGGAGGGCUCUGCCUCUCUGCCAGGUUUAGUUGCCGCCGGCCGCGUUUCCUCUGCUCCGGGAGCCGGGGGGAGGAGCGGGAGCCCCCCGCCGCGCGAUCGAGCUCCUCGCGCGGGAGUUCUGACGAUGUCAUGUGGCCCCUCUGCGUCAUCUCCGAGAAGCUCUUCAGGAUGGCGGGCGACGACGGCGGGCACGGCACGGGCUCGCCGUCCGCCGACUACGCCCAGGUUCCCCUAGCGCGCCGAUCGUACUGCGUCGAUGUUCCACAUGUGCAGCAGGCCUUCACCUGGGACUGCGGCCUCGCCUGCGUGCUCAUGGUGCUCAGGACGCUGGGGAUUCAUUGCUGCCACGGCAUUGCCGAUCUCGAGAGCCUCUGCCGCACCACAAGCAUUUGGACAGUUGACUUGGCGUAUCUCCUAAACAAGUUUUCAGUUAGUUUUUCUUUCUUUACGGUGACUCUUGGAGCAAAUCCGCAAUAUUCUGCUGAAAGCUUUUAUAGGGAGCAAUUGCAAGAAGACAUUGAUCGAGUCGAUGAGCUAUUUGGGAAGGCACUUGAAGCUGGAAUUAGUAUUCAAUGCAGAUCCAUCAGUGCAUAUGAUAUUGCUUUUCUACUGUUAUCUGGGCACUGCAUUGCCAUUGCAUUAGUGGAUAAAUCAAAGCUAAAUUCCUCUUGGAUGAAUGAUGUACAACAGCUCAAUGAGGAUUCAGAUUACAUGGGGCAUUAUGUCGUAAUAUGCGGGUAUGAUGCUGAUGAUUGUGAAUUUGAGAUAAGGGAUCCUGCCAGUUCCAGGAAGCGGGAAAGGGUGAAAAUGAAGAGCCUAGAUGAGGCCCGCAAAUCCUUUGGAACCGAUGAGGAUAUUCUCUUGGUCUCCUUAACCGGAAAGAGCGGAAUGAAGGUCACUCGUAAAUUCCUGGCCGGCUCCAUGUAAAUAGCUCGCCAAGCCUCUAUCCCCCUUGGCCCUUGUGUAUACGUUGUACAUGUCCCUGUAGUUAUGAUUGUCGAUUGCCGGCCUUGUAAUUUUACUGCCGAUACGAACAGUGUGCCAGGAAAGUUAGUUAGCUUUGGUUUUAUGGUUUGUGGGCUCAUGGCAUCACCAAAGUCCAGAUGCGAAGGGUUCGGCAGCGGCAGCGGCAAAAAAUUGCUGCUCUUGUGUAGUUGCAAAUGGUGCAGCAGCAGCAGCCGGAAAUGCUGCUUUUGUGUAGUUUACCUAUGGCGGCAGCAGCUGCAAACAGUUCUGCUGCUCUUGUAACGAGCAAAAGCUAUAGUACGAUCAUAUCUGAACGUGUACAGAUCUUCCUUGAUGAAAGUAUGAUCCUUGAUCC